GAAGUAUGAAUAGACGUAGGAGUUAGCGGAACCUGUCUAAAACUGAAACAAAAAACCAAAUUUGAAAAUAUAAAAGUUAAAAAUGAAAAGAGAAAAUAAGAGGAACAUAAAUGAUAUUGGGGACAUUGAAAUUUAACUAUUCGGGUAAUUUGCACUAAAGAUAGAGGGUUGCUGCUUGGCCCAAUCCAUCCGGCCUACAUGCUCGACCCUUUCACUAUCCACCGCCAGCUUUGAGUUGUUGACCUGAUCUUAACGUACAUAUAUCCGCAUUAAGAUAACAGUGUCACCAGGCUUCACCACGAUUGAGGUUUGAGGUGCGAUACACUGAUUUAUGUGCUUCUGAAAUUUGUCCAAUUUUUAGCGCCCUUCUUCUGGGGUUUGUUCCAGGGUUUUCUGCUAUAUGUGCUGAGUGAUAUUCUUCGUGAUUUUUUAUUAUGUGCUUUUUAGUUGAUUGUGAUUGAUUGGUCUUGAAUAUUUGGCGAAGAAGUCUGUUUCUUAAUUUUUUAGGCGGUGUAUGCCUGUGUGGAGGAGGAGGUAAUCUUAUUGAAAGUAGACUUUUUGAAGGAUUAGGUUAAAUCUUUUUGACUGCUAUCAAUUCUUUCUAUUAGGCAUAUGAUUUUAAUUAUGUUUUUAAAAAUCUGUUCUUUUUGCUAUAUGAUUAGGUGAGAAGUUGUGUGCUUGCUAAAUGGGUAUGGGUGAGACUGGGAAGCGAAAUCGUAGGCAUGAUGGGGAUAACAAGAACCAGAAAAGGAGGACAGAAAGAGAUGAAAAGGGCGAUGCUGAGCUGGUUGUUUACAGGAUUUUAUGCCCUGCUAAUGUUAUCGGAAGUGUUAUUGGAAAGAGUGGGAAAAACAUAAAUUCCAUCAGACAUAACACUGGUGCGAAGGUUAAGGUGGUGGACCCCUUUCCUGGUGCUAAGGAUAGAGUUAUACUCAUCUAUUGUUAUGUAAAAAAUAAGGAAGAUGUUGAGGUGGAUGAGGAAUUCAACGACAGCAGACCACUUUGUUCUGCACAGGAUGCUCUUCUUAAGAUGCAUGCGACAAUCAUGAAUUCUGUUUCUUCCCUUGGGGAAUCUGACAGCAAUCGGAAGGAAAAGGAAGUUUGUCAGCUUCUAGUUCCUACCAGCCAGAGUGCAAAUGUCAUUGGGAAGUCUGGGGUUACCAUAAAAAAGAUGAGAAGCAAGACUGGAGCAAACAUCAGAGUAACUCCAAAAAAUGCCAGUGAUCCUAACCAUUCUUGUGCAUUGGAGUUUGAUAAUUUUGUGGUGAUUGCUGGUAUGUCGGAGGCUGUCACGAAAGCAGUUUUUGCAGUUUCUUCAAUCAUUUACAAGUUUGCACCAAAAGAAGAGAUUCCUCUUGAUACCACAGUUCAGGAAAUCCCUUCAAGUAUUAUUAUACCAUCAGAUGCUCCGAUAUAUUCAACUUCUGGCAUAUACCCGGGUGUAGAUCCUAUAGUCCAUACCGCACCAGUUUCUUCUGUUUUAGGUUCACAUUUGCAAGAGUUUCCAGGUUAUCUGGAUGCAGGGAGUACAUGGGCAGACUAUUCAUCUGCUUCUCGAACUGAGGAGUUGAGAAUCAGAUUAUUGUGCCCAUCCCACAAUAUUGGGCGUGUCAUUGGCAAGGGUGGAAAUUCAAUCAAAACCAUACGACAGGCUAGUGGUGCUCAAAUUGAGGUUGGUGAUGUCAAAGCUGAACCCGAAGAAUGUAUCAUCACUGUGAUCUCUAAGGAGUCAGUUGAUGAUCUCAAGUCAAUGGCAGUUGAAGCUGUGCUAUUGCUGCAAGGAAAGAUAAAUGAUGAGGAUGAAGACCGUGUAACUUUAGGUCUUCUUGUUCCUUCUGCGGUUAUUGGAUGCCUUAUUGGUAAACGUGGUUCUAUUAUAAAUGAAAUUCGAAAACGAACUAAAGCUGAUGUUCGGAUCUCCAAAGGAAAGAAGCCCAACUCUGCAGAUCCAAGUGAUGAACUUGUAGAGGUGGUUGGGGAAGUCAGCAAUGUGAGGGAUGCGCUUAUCCAGAUUGUGCUAAGGCUCAGGGCUGACGUUCUCAAAGAACAAGAAGGAGAGCAGAAAUCUUCUGCAUUUCCUGAUAUUUUACAUGCUAGUGGAGCCCAUGUUUCAGUGCCUUCAGUUUUGCCAAGUAUUCCUCAAGUUGCUCCUUUGAGAUAUGAGCGGAGUACUGAAAGUGGGGCUGGAAUUUAUUCUUCGAACAUUGUUUAUGGACCCGAGUUUCUAUCGGUUGGUGAGUAUGGAGACAAUAGCCAUGGUCUGUUGUCAGCAUAUUCUCCAAAACGUUAUAACAGAUUACCUCCACCUGCCCUGGAAGUGCUUAUACCUGCUCAUGCUAUCGGUAAAGUUUUGGGCAGACGCGGAACUAACUUAGACAACAUCCAAAAUAUAUCUGGAGCGUCUAUAGAGAUCACUGAUUCCAAAUCCUCCCGAAGUGAUCGCCUGGCUCUAAUAUCUGGAACACCUGACCAGAAACGUGCUGCUGAAAACUUGAUCCAGGCAUUCAUAAUGGCCACUUAAUUUAUACCCCCACUUCUGAGGUGUCCACCAGCUUUAUCUUUAGAAUCGACUAGGUUUUUUAAUGUUGGGGGGUGGGGUGGAUUGCUUAGGAUUUUUCUGGAUUCCUGCCCCUCAGCACUUAUCCAUUAUGUUUCAGUGCUUGUUGUGUCUUCACCAAAGUAGGUUUCAGGCGAUGAAAUGUUGCUAGCUAGGGUUUCGCUCCAUCAAUGGUUCCAUUAGAAUUUCACAAGAUGUUUUAUUUUCUCAGCGUUUUAAUCACAGAUCCGACCAGGUUGACUGACUUCUGUCUUGUCUUCAAAUUGUUGUGCACAAGCUUAAUAAGGAUCCUUUGUGACAUCUAAGCCAUAUAUGUGGCUUAUGAUAUUUUUUUUCGUUAUUCUUCAUCAUCAGUUUCGUCUGAAACAUCUUCUCACUUGUUUGAACUGUGGCUUGUCUUGUUUCUUCCUGGCGUGCUCUUCAUAACUAUUUGCACAGGUUCAGAUUGAUCUCUCUGUCGUGCAUGACGGCUACCAAGUUUUUCUCCCAUUUGAAUACCAUGCUUGACUUUAAAAGGGUCUACAUAAAACACAAUACUCUUAUGCUCGACCCGUAAAAUAUUAUCUGACUUUACUCUUUCCUGAAUACAUUAUAUUUUCAUAAGCUCCUUACAACUUUCAUUUCUCGCUUCUCAUAUGGUAUCCAUCAUGCACCCACUGACCAACUAUAUUUAGAAUAAAUCAACUAGAAACAAUAAUAAUAAAAGAGCUAAAGAACCUAGUCACCUACACUUUUCUGUUCCAGACCUUCAGAUCUCUUAAAGAUCUUUCCUUCUUAUGUAGUCAUUCGCAUUCUUAUCCCCUCCGACAAACAUUAUGGCCCCAUUUGGGAUUACGUUUGCGGUGUUAAAAGCACCUUUUUGCCCCAGCGCAAUCUUGAACAAACUAUACUUCUAUUCAAAAGCUAAUUUGAAACGGGAAAAUCAACCAUAAUUCAAAAGUGAGUGCGAGAUGAUUUUGGCAUUUUGAGUACUACUUUUGAGGUUAACUAUUUCACAUUUAGGCAUUUCAAAAUUUUACAUCACACUUCAACUCUAAUGUCAAAGAGUUGGAUCUCUUAAAAUCACUUCUCAGCGCAAUUUCCAAAACACUGGGCUAUUUUGUCGAACACUGUUUCGGUCUGUAAUUGUGAUAAAUCAACUUCCUACUAAUAUUAUCAUUUAAAUGUCUGCUAUGAGUGUUAUCCCUUGUACUUCCACACAUGCCUUCCCUGACAUCUUAAUGCUAGGUUCCUUUGGUUUUAAUGCUCACAUGAAGUAGAUUUUAGUUAAAGUAUUUAUCCCUUAAUCCAGGGAGUAACUUAUUUCUUGAAACCAAAUAGCCUUAUCUGCAGUAAAAGAAAAUAUUAUUUAAUCUCAAGAUGAAGUGAAGCAACAGCUUAACUUUUCUGUAUUCUAUCAAAACUUCCAGAAGUUCUGUCUUAUCCUGUGUUGUAAGGAAAUGUGGGAAACAUAGGGAAAUAUGAAACGGAAAACAUCACCUUUUAAUAUAGAACAAGUAUUACGUGUGUUUUGGAGAUGUUGUCUAAAGUUUCUGAAACUGAAAUACUAUUUCUUGAGAAUUUUUGUGCAUCAUAGGUCUUAUCAGUUAUCAUCGUAAUGUAACAUCAGCUAAUUUUUUUAAAUACCUUAGCUGACUCUGAAAAGAACUUUUGAAGAUGAAUCAAAAGAAAUUUGUGCCUGAAUCCGUAGUGAUCAUCACAGAGUUUUUCUUCAUCCACUAUCUAGGGCUUUGUUCUGUUUACAUCUGUGAUUUUUUCCUCUAUAUCCCAUUCACCUGUUGCCUCUUUGUUCUCUUUGCAUGCUAGAACUUUACAAAUGUAACACUCCAGGCCUGUUCUGUGGCUUUGAUACCCCUUCAUAGUAUUUAUAUACAAGAAAAAUGUGCUAGAUGUAACGCUCUCUGUCUCAUUCUUACAAUGAUAUGAUAUUCAAAUAUAAGAUUUUAGAUUUGGGAAUUAUGGGUAAUUAGUGCCGUUUUUUGUUUUGUUUUUGCUUCUUUUUACUAUUGUCAUUAAAAUCCCUGCUUAGUUGCCAAGCACAUCUUGAGUGCGAAGGUUUUCCUCCCGCCUAGCUGUGCCUAAAUUCACAUAGAUCCUUUGCAGCUCCGUCUAAUCUCCCACUAGAUGUUAGGCUCCAAUCUCCCGCUGGUGCUUUGCUCAAUGUUUUUGUGCGUGUGGAAGCUUAGGUAGAUGUUUAUGAAACUUUUUUUCCAUCAUUGUUUAGUAGAACAUUUUCUCGAGUAUAAAAGAUUAUCAUGUAGAAUAUAUAUCCUGUCAUGCUCUUCCUAUCAGUAUGCAACCAAUUCUCCUCAACUAGUUGGCCAUCUUUUUGGGUAUAUGAAGUUCUUUUUAUGCCCGAGGCCAAUGGAGCUUCAACCUAAUCAUUUGCGAAGUAUGACAAUAUCCAAGUUUUUUUUUACUUUAACAGGAGGCCAGCAGAUUUAGGCUUAUUAGUUUAUUAUAAUCUAUUAACAUGUGGUUAUGUAUAUUUAUGUCUUGAGUGUAUAUAUUUCCUCUCAUUAGCUUGAAUUUAAAUGGCACAUAUAUUUUCUUGCAUUAAUGUCAAUGGCAGCCCUUAGUAUUUGAUGCCCA